CAGCGCUGGGGCGGCGGGCAGACGGCAGGCGCCGAGGGGUCCGCCUCCGGCACUGGGACACCUGGCUUCUGAGCCGUCCAGGCCGCCAGGCUUAGGGAGGGGCUGCCUCAGUUUUCUCUUUGGGAGUCCCCGGGUCUAGAUGGAAGGUGGAAGGAAAGGGGGCGUUUUGAGAUUGGGGAGCCUCCUGCCGGGCUGUAGUUACAGAAGAUGAGGAGCUUGGGGACGUGGAGAGAACUUCGGCCUCAGGAGCCUCUAAGGUCUGGAGAGAGGCUGUGAUUUGGGGGUGGAGGCGGAUGGGGGUGGGCGGAACGUGCAGGAUGAGAAGUCCUGAGGUUCCGGGCGGGAAUGAAGCCAGGCUUCAGGUCUGAGCAGGGUCUACUCUGUCCAGUCCCUCCUCUCUCCCUCAGUUUCCCCACAUUUACCUUGCCUGUGAAUGGGUGGUUGUAAGUGGGAGUGCCAGAGUGCCGGUUUGCUCUCUAACCCUACCUGUGGUCUGGUAACUCUCCUGGGAGUCUCCUGCCUCCUCCUCUUCCCUCCCUUGGUGGGUGUGGAGACCCUGGCUCAGCCCCCAUCCCUGCCCAGGCAGGCCCACACCACAGCCUGCCAGCAUCUCACCCUCUGUGCCUUCAUCCUCUCCUUUGCUCUUCACAUUGAGGAAUAGCCAUCUGGUCCUACUUGCUUUGCAACAAACUAAAAGGCCUUCCCAUCCUCUCCAGGAGGGCCUCUCACAGCUGGACCCUUGGCUCUGAGUCUCCUCUUGCUUCUCUCCCUCUUUCUGAGCUCUUAGGCCAUUCUCUGCGGUGGCCUCCAUCUCCCCAUGGGCUGUUCCCUGGCCACAGGUUCCUUGUCCCGUAGAGCGGAGAAGCUCACCAUGUCACCAAUCCCCUGACCCCUCUGUAAAAACCAGAGUGUCAUUCCUGUUGCUUCUGCUCUCCUGUCCCAAUCACUCUGCCGCUAAGUUUGUUGGUUACUCAGAUCCCCUUGGCCAAUCUGCACACUGGGAUCUCAGGCGGGAAGGGACCCCAUCUAGCCCACUGAUGCCCCCACUCAGUGCAGGAUCCCUCUGCUGCAUAAGCUCAGUGACGGGGGGCUCAUUACUUCUGAGGCACAGUUCAGUGUCCUGCUGCUCUGGCUUCAAUUAGCUAAAAUCUGUGGCUUGCAGAUUCUACCUCUCCCUGCACUUCUGCCUCUGGAACCAUGCAAAGUGAAUUCAUGCUUUUAUUCACCCACACAGUCUUUAUCAGUGCACUGGAUGAGACACUGGGGAUAUAGUAAUGAAAAAAUCAGAAAAAAAUUCCUUGCCCUCAUGGGGUUUGUAUUCUAGAAAGGAGUUGAACACCAGUCCAAUUCGUAAAUACGCAGUGUGUCAGGUGUUGAGAAGUACUAUGGACAAAAAUGAAGCAGGCAAGGAGGAUGAAGUGUUGGGCUGGGUAUUGUGAUUUUAUAAAGCAUAGUCAGGGAGGGCCUCUUUGAGAUCAUGACAGUGGAGCAAAGCCUUGAAGGAGGUGAGGGGGGAGCUAUGUGAAUAUCUGAGGGAGCAGACAGUGCGCCCACAGAGAGAAGAGUGUGUGCAGAGGCCCUGGGUCAGAAGCAUGACAGGUGCGAGCAGGUCUGGCUUGUCCUAGAAACAAGGCCAGUGUGGCUGGGGCAGGGUGGGCGAGGAUUAGUAGGAAAGGAGCACAGAGAGGUAAGGGGUGGAGAGUUGGGGAUCCACUGCAUGCAGUCUUGAAGGCCACUGGGAGGGCUUUAGUGUUCACUGAGUUUAGUGGGAGCCACUGGAGGGCUUUGAGCGGAGGCAUCACCUGCUCUGACCUAGAUGUUAGCAGGUUUAUCUGGCUGUGGGCAAGAGAUAGACUUUAGGGAGGUGAGGGCAGAAGGGUGGGGGAACCAGUGAGGGGAUCACAGUUGUCAUUCUGAGGAAAGACCAUGAGGCUUUAUACCCAUGGCACAGAGGUGGUGAAAAAAUAUGAGAUUUUCAGAUUUGGGAUGUAUUUUCAAGGUAGGGGAGAUAGGAUUUGGGAUGUAUUUUCAAGGUAGGGGAGAUAGGAUUUGGGAUGUGAGAGAAAGGUGGAGUCAAAGAUGACCCAGAGAUUUUUUGGCCUGUAGAGCAGACAUCAGCUGAGAUUGGAGCUGUUUAGGGGGAAGAUCUGGAGUUUGGUUUUGAUGACCAUUAGGCAGUUGGAAAAGUUUAGUGGGGAGGUUGGAACUGGAAAUAAAAUUUGGGGCAUCAUCACCUUAUAGCUGGUAUUUAAAGCCAUAAGAGCAGGUAAGCUCACUUAGGGAGAGAGUGAUGCAGAGAAAAGAGAUCCCACCAGGGAGUUCUGAGCUCUCAGCAUUGGGAACCAGCCAAGGAGACAGAAAAGAGCAGCCAGUGAGAUGGGAGGAAAAAUCAGAGAGUUGGCGUUUUCUGGAUGGCAGUCAGGGAGGGGCUUCAAGGAGGAGAGAGGGAGUGAUUAACAGAUGGUUUGAGUCUGCCUCUUUCUCCCAGUGCCCUGAGCCAGGGAGAUGAGGACUGAGAAUCCAGCAACCUGGAGGUCACUGGUGACAACUACAAAAGCAGCUGGAGUCAAGGGGGACACGGUUGGAGGGAAUAGGAGAGGAGGACUUGAGGGCAGCAGUACAGACAACAGACAAGAAAAGCUGCUGUGAAGAUGGACAGAGAAAUGGGGUUGGAUGGAGAAAUUCCAGUAUGUCUGUAUGUUGGUGAGAACUGCUCUCCCAGAAAGAAGCUGGGUGAAGAGGACUACAAUGGAGGCUGGCUGCUGAAAGUGAGGCGGAUGGGUCCAGUGCCCCAGGGGAGAGUGGCCCCAGCUGAGAGCCCAGAGAUUCCAGAAGUUGUGCUUCAGGGCUUCCCUCCCUCUCCUGUCUGCAGCUGCCUCAGGCUGAGACUGCAACACUUAAGCAAAUCCAUGGACUCAGGAUUCCAGAGAACUGGGUUGGCUGUGUCUCAGGAGGAAAGAGGUGUCAGGACUUGGCUUGGGGAUAAAAGAGGGCCCGUGUGGGGUGCCCCUUCCACUUGACCCUCUGUUUCCGCAAGGAAGUGCCCCUUUCUUUGUACAGACCUCACCUUCCUGGAGGAAAGACGAUAAUGACUCCAAAGUGGCAGUGAUUGAAGUAGAGAAGAAAAGGCAGUGGAGAGAGGCUGAUUUAUUUCAUCUGAAGAGGGGAAGUCUGAGCAGGGAAUAAAGUGGCAAAAGGCAGGAUUUUAGGGACAGUGUUUAUGAAAUAAGUGAUGAGUGGACAUCUGUUUUCUCUCAUUCCCAGUGGAAACAGAAGCAGGAAAAACUUCAGUUAGACAUAAUGAGGAACUUCCUGAACUGGCUAGUGGGGACAGCAACAAGGCCAGGUCCUCCCUGCUAGAUGAGAAAAGACAAUGCCUUCUUAGAGACAGGGUGCUGGCCAAAUUGGUUCUUGGAGAUUCUCCUGGCUCCGAGGUUUCUGGAAGAAGGCCAGGACGGAGAUGGGACUUUCCAGCUACAGGGAGGAUAGAGUGCCAAACCUUAUGGCUUGGGCCUGCCUCUUUCUACCGUUUCCCUGACAUCACUAGCUGGACAUGUGUGGUUCAAGCCAUUUGGCUGACCUAGACUCAGUGUGUUUGGGAAGCGCCCCUGCUUCCUUGUAGCUUGUCCCCUUGUGGGCGAGCACAUCUGUGGGUGUGUCCAUCGUCUUGGGGUUUCCCCAGGAGGGAGGUAGGGUCUGUGGGCCAAUCUAGACCUUCCAGUCCUGUGCCACGCAGCCUUACCUUCCUGCUCAAGGCCUGCCUGCAAAUGACUUGGCCAUGCCUGCUUCCCCAAGCCUCAUGAUCUUCGAUGGGGGACAGGGUGGUCCAGGUUCUCCCAUUGUGGAGGAGAGAGCAGCUGUCCAUCCUCAGGCAUCCUCUGGGUGAGAGGGGCAGGUGUUGUCCUAUCUCAUCUUAACUCUUCAAUGUCUUUCAUUCCUGGCUGUACACAUGCCCUGCAGGCAUUGGGUCAGAGAGAGAGCUCUGACCCAAAUUCUGGGCUAUUUCCGGAGGGGUGGGUGGUUCUUUUCCCUAGGACCUGGGAACGGGGGGUGAUGGGGCUGGCAUUUCCACAGCUGAGGACCACUCCAGGGUCAAGCCCAGAGCUCCUCCUACCCCCUCCCCCCGUUCUCUCCUCUCCCCUCUCCCCACCUCUACCCUCUUGACUCCUUUGCUUAGCAGUGGACACAGGGAGGAGGCCUGCUUGGCCAGAGAGAAUUAUGUCGCUUCCUAGGUUUAUGGUGGCCUCUGCAUCAGGGAUGCCCUCCUUCCCAAGUGGCCAGACCCACGGGUCACCUCAUUGCCUUGGUUUCCUCCUCUGGCCAGCACAAGGCUUCCAACCUAAGUGUUGGCAGCAUUCUGAGCUGGGGACUGCUCCUUUCCCUUACUUUGGCUGGCACGCGAGGACAGGCACAGAAUGUUCCAGCCCCUCCCCUCCUGCAGUAGAUGUUCUGAUUCAUGAACAUUCCCUCCGAGCCUCCCCUUGGCCCAGCCCUGUGCCAAGCUUAGCGGUGCCAGGAUGAGUAAGACCCAGGUUUCAACUUGGGCCAGGAAAGGAGUUAGACACAUAAACAACCAAUAAGAAAGAUGCAGUCGCUCCAGGCUCCUUGGCGUCUGCUCCCUUGAGUACCUUGGAAUGUCCCUGUUUUGUAGAAAGAAGCUGGCAUUCCUCUUCUUUCCAUGCCUACGUCCUUUCGCUUUCAUUUUCUGUGGGCACUACACCAGCCCACAUCCCUGGACUCCGUGACAGUCGCAGAAUAGACCUUGCUGAGAUUUUCUCUGCCUCAUGGGGACACUCCCAGGGCUGGAAGCUCCGUGAGAUCGCCUCCUGCAAAUCUCCAGAACCCUGAGUCUGACGGCUGAGCCCAGAGUAAGCCCCUGACAGAGGUGACAACACAUAGUGUGCAGUGGUGACUGAUUGUGAAAUGUGCUCUCAUGAGGCUUUCCAGGCCCAAAGGAGCCAGCUGGUGGAGCUGCUGGUCUCGGGGUCCCUGGAGGGCUUCGAGAGCAUCCUGGACUGGCUGCUUUCCUGGGAAGUUCUCUCCUGGGAGGACUAUGAGGGGUUCAGCCUCCUGGGCCAGCCCCUCUCCCACUUGGCCAGGCGCCUCCUGGACACUGUCUGGAAUAAGGGUGCUUGGGGCUGUGAACAACUCAUCACAGCUGUGCAAAAGGCCCAGGCUGACAGCCAACCCCCCGAGCUUUCUGGCUGCUGGGACCCCCACUCACCCCACCCAGCCCGUGACCUUCAGAGGCACCGGCCAGCCAUCGUCAGGAGACUCUACACCCACGUGGAGGGUGUGCUCGACCGGACGCAAGAGCGGGGUUUCAUCAGCCAGUACGAAAGUGAUGAAAUCCGGCUGCCUAUCUUCACGUCAUCCCAGCGGGCAAGAAGGCUCCUCGAUCUUGCCACAGUGAAGACAAACGGAUUGGCUGCUUUCCUUCUGCAACAUGUUCAGGAAUUACCCGUCCCUUUGGCCCUGCCUUUUGAAGAUGCCGCCUGUAAAAAGUACAUGACCAAGCUGAGGACCACGGUAUCUGCUCAGUCUCGCUUUCUGAGCACCUACGAUGGGGCAGAGAAUCUUUGCCUGGAAGAAAUAUAUACAGAGAAUGUUCUGGAGAUCCGGACGGAGGCAGGCACGGCUGAACCUCUGCAGCAGAGCCCUGCCACCCUGCGCCUGGAGGAGCUCUUCAGCACCAGAGGCCACAUCAACGGAGACGCAGACACCGUGCUGGUGGUGGGCGAGGCGGGCAGCGGCAAGAGCACGCUCCUGCAGCAGCUGCACCUGCUGUGGGCCUCGGGGCGGGGCUUCCAGGAAUUCCUUUUCGUCUUCCCAUUCAGCUGCCGGCAGCUGCAGUGCCUGGCGAAACCGCUGUCUGUGCAGAUGCUGCUCUUUGAACACUGCUGUUGGCCCGACCUUGGCCAACAGGACAUCUUCCAGGUCCUCCUUGACCAUCCCGAGCGCAUCCUCUUAACCUUUGAUGGCUUUGAUGAGUUCAGGUUCAGGUUCACGGAUCGCGAGCGUCACUGCUCUCCCACCACCCCUACGUCUGUCCAGAGCUUGCUCUUCAACCUUCUGCAGGGCAACCUGCUGAAGAAUGCCCACAAGGUGUUGACCAGCCGUCCGGAUGCGGUGUCAGCAGGCCUUAGGAAGCAUGUGCGCGUGGAACUCAGCCUCAAGGGUUUCUCGGAAGAGGGCAUCGAACUGUACCUGAGGAAGCGCCAUCGUGAGCCUGGGGUGGCCGAUCGCCUCAUCCGCCUGCUCAGAGCCACCUCAGCCCUGCACGGUCUGUGCCACAUGCCUGUCUUCUCGUGGAUGGUGUCCAAGUGCCACCAGGAACUGUUGCUGCAAGGCGGAGGGUCCCCAAAGACCACCACGGAUAUGUACCUGCUGAUCCUGCAGCAUUUUCUGCUGCACGCCUGUCCCCCAGACUCAGCUGCCCAUGGUCUGGGGCCCAGCCUGCUUCGGGGCAGGCUUCCCACCCUCCUGCACCUUGGCCUCCUGGCUCUCCGGGGCCUGGGCACGUGCUGCUAUGUUUUCUCAGCCAAGCAACUGCAGGCAGCAUACGUCAACAGUGAGGAUGUUUCUCUUGGUUUCCUGGUGCAGGCCAAGAGGGCUGUGCCCGGGAGUACGGCCCCCGUGGAAUUCCUGCACAUCACCUUCCAGUGCUUUUUUGCUGCAUUCUACCUCGCCCUCAGUGCUGACAUAUCUCCAUCCUCACUCAGGCAUCUCUUCAACUGCCACAAGCCCAGCAGCUUGCCGCUGGCCAGGCUGCUGCCCAAACUGUGCGUGCGGGGCUCGGGGUGCAAGGAAGGCAGUGUGGCUGCUUUGCUGCAGGAGGCUGAGCUGCACAACCUCCAGAUCACAGCGGCCUUCCUGGCAGGGCUGUUGUCCCAGGAGCACCGGGACCUGCUGGCCGAGUGCCAGGCAUCUGAGAAGGCCCUGCUCCGGCGCCAGGCCUGCGCCCGGUGGUGUCUGGCCCGCAGCCUCCACAAGCACUUCCACUCCAUCCCACCAGCCGUGCCGGGUGAGGCCAAGAGCAUGCACGCCAUGCCCGGGUUCAUCUGGCUUAUCCGGAGUCUGUAUGAGAUGCAGGAGGAGCGGCUGGCACGGGAGGCCGUGCGUGGGCUGAAUGUCGGGCACCUCAAGCUGACGUUCUGCAGUGUGGGCCCUGCUGAGUGUGCUGCCCUGGCCUUCGUGCUGCGGCACCUCCGGCGGCCUGUGGCCCUGCAGCUGGACCACAACUCUGUGGGCGACAUUGGCGUGGAGCAGCUGCUGCCUUGCCUCAGCGUCUGCAAGGCUCUUUACUUGCGAGAUAACAACAUCUCAGACCGAGGCAUCUGCAAGCUCGUCGAACAUGCUCUCCACUGUGAGCAGCUGCAGAAGUUAGCUCUAUUCAACAACAGAUUGACGGACGGCUGUGCACACUCCAUGGCUAGGCUCCUUGCACGCAGGCAGAACUUCUUGGCAUUGAGGCUGGGGAAUAACCGCAUCACCGCUGCAGGAGCCCAGGUGCUGGCCCAGGGGCUCAGAGCCAACACCUCCCUGCAGUUCCUGGGGUUCUGGGGCAACAAGGUGGGUGACAAGGGGGCCCAGGCCUUGGCUGAAGCAUUGGGUGAUCACCAGAGUUUGAGGUGGCUCAGCCUGGUGGGGAACAACAUCGGCAGUGUGGGUGCCCGAGCCUUAGCAUUGAUGUUGGAAAAGAACAUGGCCCUGGAAGAGCUCUGGCUGUCCAACAAUUGCAUCACCUCCCUUGGGGCAGAAGCCCUCCUGCAGGCCCUUGAAAAGAAUGACACCAUCAUGGAAGUCUGGCUCCGAGGAAACGCUUUUUCUCCAGAGGAAACUGGGAAGCUCAGCUGCAGGGACACCAGACUCUUGCUCUGAUGUCUGUGGACCGACGUUCACCUGUUUGUUUGGGAGCGCUCUGUGGGUUUGGGUCCCAGAAGUGGGGAUGACAUCUGAAAGCAGCCCAGUCAGACGGAGCCCUGUCCUGUCCCGGGCUAACACAAUAGGUCACCUCUGUUCCGUGCAUCAGUGCCCUGCAGAGUAGACUUUCCCAAAGCCUACUUUUCCAUCAAAUUCUUCUCAAGAUUUAAUCCUGGGAUGUAGAAGACGGGCAGCCCUCCUGGACAUUAUAAGACUGGCCUCGGGCCAAUCUGACACAGGUCAGUGGGGCCCAUGGAUGUCACCGAGUGCUUAUUGGUGUAGAGAGCGCCGCGUGAAAGGCCCCUCCCACCUCCUCCACAGUAAGGGCUGUUCAGGAAGCGACUUCCUGCCGUGUCUCAACUCGUGGUCAUCCACCUAGAUUGUUCUCUAGAUCUGGUUCCUCCACUCGUCCUGGGCCCUUCGUCUGUGGCUGAAGAUUCAGAAUAGUGCGUUCUCACCUUUGCUGUUUCUCUUACACCCCAGCCGUACUCCCAUCCUCCCAUUCCCCCCCAAACCCCCACACGCAGAGUGGGAAGGGCUACAAUUUAACCCUUCUCUCCUUUCUGGUAAUUAAGACAUUAUUGAAAGGGAGCAGACAUGUGACAGCCAUUUGUUCCCGAAGACAUUCCAGAUUUUCAAGAAAAAUAUGACCACUCUAUAGCUAGUAUCAUAUCUGGACUUUGAUUUCUGGUGAAAUCAAUUGUUCUUCAGUUUAACCUUUGGAAACAACUCCCUAUCCAAAUGCAGCUUUUUAAAAUUAAUCUGGGCCAGAAUUUUGAACAGCUCCACUAGGUUUCUGUUUGAUGCCUAUGAGCUGAAUUCUGACAGCAGACUUCCAAAAUAUAUUCAUAAAAGAUGGUUCAGGUUUUUUUUUUUUUGGUGCCAGAAUGCUUUAGGAUAUAAAGUUAUGGAUCAGAAGUUUACAGGGGCAAAAUCAAAGGCCCUUCCUUAAGAAGAAGAUGUUUUUCUGGAUUUUUCAAAAUGAAGCGUGUUGAAGCUUUUGUAAACUGUCAGGUGCUGUGCCAGUGUUAUUAUUUUAAACACUGUUAUUUGUGAAAACUGGUUAAUAUUUAUCAACCACUUUGUUUUAUUCUCCCAAGUUUAUGCUUUUAUAAAAAACACGACCAUGAAUUUUAUGCUGUGAAUAAUCGUACAGAAGACUAUUGAGUCACCAAAGCUAUCUCCAUUGUGACCAAACAUUUUAAAAUAUUUCUGAACAAUGUCAAAUAUCAAAGAACAAUUUUCUACUUGAAGGGAGAAAAACAUGAUGUUUCGACCAGAUAAUGUAUUGCUUAAGGCACAAGCAAUUUUUAAAAAUAGCCUUGCAAUCAAAACACAUUUGGCUUUGGUUUAGAAAAAUCUAACCCAGCAUGAAGUUUUAAGCUGUGCAAGAGCCUCGUGGUGCCCCAGCUGAAAGGCUGCAGAGAAUGUGAGACAUGUAGGAAGGCCUCUGGGUCUCCCUCGAUUUUCUCCAAAAGGCUUCAGGAGUCUUUAGCAAGAGAAGGAUGGAGAAGAUUUGGAAACAGCUCUCCUCAGCAAGCAGCCUCCUGGGUAGGACUCAGUGAAAUAAUUCUUCGCUGCAUUUAAUUAGCGAGGACUCAGGUGGAUGCGCACCAAGGUGGGACCUGCUUCUUUUGAAAGGUUUCGUGUGUUCCUGGCUCAUUAAAUGCUGCAGCAUCUCCCUGGGCCUCUGCCCACG